GGCAUGGCGGGGGCUGCGCUCCGGCGUCGCGAGGCGGCAGGGCCCGUCUGGCGUGGACGCGGGAAGGGUCAAGGCCGGCGCGAUCAGGUUCCCGCCAGAGAACGGCCGCGGGAACAUCGAGUACAAGAAGAAACUCUCGGCCGCGGUGGGCUCGGAGCGCUUCGACGAGCUGGUGACGCAGCUCAACUGGCGCAUGCGCGAGUGCGCGGAUGAUUCUGCUGAAGCAUGCGUCGACAUCGGCGUCGACGACUUGGGACAUCACCGCGAGGCUAUCUACCACAUAGGCGUGGCAGACGAUGGAAGCGUCGUGGGGCUGGACGAGGAGGAACUGGCGUUGUCUAUCCAAACCUUGGACGCAAUGGCGUCCGAGAUAUCUGCAGUUGCCACGGUUGUGAGCAGAAGAGACGGUUUGCCACCAGGCAACCGCUCUAUUGUGACAGCAUUAGUGAGGCCUGCACAGAAGGACGGUAUCAGGGAGUCUGGCUUCGAGGCAAUUAGGAUCUGCACCGUGGGGAAUGUCGACUCUGGCAAGUCCACUCUCAUGGGCGUGCUGUCGCGCGGCACGCGCGACGAUGGCCGCGGCCGUGCGCGUUCGGCCGUGUUCAAUCACCAGCAUGAGGCCGACACUGGGAGGACUUCCAGCAUCGCCAGCCUGCUGCUGGGCUUCGACGUGGGAGGCCGAGUGGUCAACUACGUGGAAGAUGACGGGAGGGCAUUCCGCACGGAGGAGCCGCAGCACAGGGCCGUGCUCGAUGGGGGGGAUGCGGCAGUUGUGCAGCGCGCAGCCAAGCUGGUCACGUUCUCCGACCUCUGCGGCCACGAGCGAUACUUCAAGACGACGCUGAGUGGCCUCAUCGGUCUGAGUCCGGACUACCUCUUGUGCACACUGGACGCAAACAGGGGCGAGAUGCGCGGGAUGAUCCACGAGCAUCUGAUGGUGGGGAGCAUACUGUCCAUCCCGACGAUCGUAUGUCUCACCAAGGUGGACAUGGCGUCGGACGAUGCGGUCUCGUCAACCCUGGCCGACCUGAAGAGGACGAUGAAAUCGAUGGACGCACCACUCUUCAGGAUCAAGGAUAAGCACGACGUUGUAAUGGCCUCCGAGCGCGUGCUGCAGGGGUACGUUCCCGUGGUGCUGUGCUCCGCCGUGACGGGGCACAUGAUCCCAGAGUUGAAGCUCCUCCUCAAUCUGCUGAAGAAGCGGUCGCGGCCCUCGGUGAAGGCGGGCACGGACGUGCACGUCGUCGUCGAGGACGUCUUCCCACAGGUGCCAGGGGUGGGCCUGGUCGUGAGCGGGCGGAUCGUGAGGGGCACCGUCAGGGUUGGCGACCCUCUGAUGGUGGGGCCCCUGGUGAGCGCAAAGGGCAUCCCGCUGGGCAAGAGCGGUUUCCUCGAGGCCAGGGUCUCAUCCAUGCGGUUCGAGGACGCCCCAGCGUCGGAGCUGGGGGCAGGCUCCGUGGGCACCUUUGCGCUCAAGCUGCAGGGCAAGAGCAAGGCCGCGGUCGCCGAGAACCCUGGCGUGAUCUCGAGGGGCAGGGUGCUGCUCAGCAAGCAGUCCCCGCUGACAGCGACCACACACCUCAAGGCCAACAUCAGCAUACUGCAGCACCCCAGCUCCAUCAAGGUGGGCUACGAGCCCGUGCUGCACGUGGGGAUGGUGCGGCACACGGCCCGGCUUGUCGGGAUGCAAGGGGAGGGGGUGAGCACGCUGAGGGCGGGCGACUCCGCCGAGGUGCUGUUCCGCUGGAAGGGCCACCCGGAGGUGAUAGAGGUGGGCGCUCCGAUCGUGUUCCGCGAGGCCCUGGUCAAGGGCGUGGGCACGGUCACAUGGGUCGGUGAGAUGGAGUCAGAGGCCGCCGCCAGCGCCAGGAAGGGCCAGGCCAAGGCUGGGAAGGCCGAAGAGACAGGGCGGCCGCAUAAGAAGAAGAGGAAAGGUGGCCGGCGAAACCGUUGA